AAAAUCGUUUCAAAUCCCGAAUAAAAUUACGCUUAAACAGAUUGAAAAGGAUUUUGGUUUGCACAACUUCCUUCCACACAAUAUGGUGGCCAUGGUCAAUUCUAAUCAUAAUAAUAAGGAACACAGGAAGAAGCUGCAGCAAUAUUUGAAGACAAGUUACGUACACCAUGUGAUUGGAAACCACGAGCCCCACCCCCCGUCCCCCCCCACAUCACCGACCCCCCAUAAACCCGGGGUCAGGACCGAGAACGCUCUACUUAAGUUAAGGAUGCAAUAUUUGAAGAUAUUGCUUCCCCAACAUUUGUAUGGGGGGAGGUACUUUGAUGCCACUAUCAUGGCACUACCUGAAUCUGACAUCACGUUAUUAGUCGGUCACCAUUAUGGUGUGAGUCAACUUGUGAAUUCGAAAACCAAGAUGUCGUCCAUGUUCGCUGACUUCACCGUCGUUAAAUCUGUUGAAGUUGCACCUUGUUUGCCCGAUUCAAGAAAAACAAACGUUCGCGUCGAUUUUAAAGACUUGCCACCACUGGUUCUUGCCAUGCACCCGGUAUCUGCUCAAAACUUUGCGUUCAUGAUAUCUGGAUAUUGUCGUGUCCACGGGAACAAUGAGAUGAUGUUGACAUUGCCGAUCGCUGAUAAUUUGGCUCCUGAAUACUUUGGUUCCCACAAAGUGAAACCUUCGUUAUGGAAUUACCCCCCAAACCACGCAUCACAAGCUGUGUUCUGCGACUUCUCGGAACCAGUAACAUCGACUUUAAUCUGCCAUGAAAUUCCCGAUGAAGUUCGAGCUAUGUACCAACAAAGUUUCAUCGAACGGGAGACGCAUCAAACUUCACACACGACGGACGAUGAAGGGGUGGCCACGCCCAACACCGAUCUAUCUCCGCUGUCGUCUGCAUCGUCGAUGACAUCAUCAGCUAUGACAUCAUCAUCAUCACCGUCGUCAGGUAUAGGUUCUGUAACAUCGAAGAAUGAUAAGCCAACAUUGGAUGAAGUUCCGGCAGCGAACGACGAUAACGAAUGGGAUGAGCUGAUGGUGGCAUUGUACACCGAUAAUGAGCUGCCGCAUUCACCUUUAAGUCCUCCUGAAACAAAUAACGAAACAUUGGAUGAUAAUAAACAACAAAUAGUCUCCGUUAGCGAUCAAGAAGACUCCUUCGUUGAAAAUAAAGAUGAUGUUUCCAGCAUGGAAGAUUAUGUUGUCACACACGAUAGGAUAACACCUCCUGAAAAUAAUGCGGAAGUAAUUCAGUCCUUAGAAUGCAACGGUGAUAAUAAUAAUGGAACUAUUGAAGAAACAAGCACUGAGUUUGAUGGAAAAGAUAUUUCUAAAGAGAUCGCAGUAAAUAUAACGGAGGAAACUACUUAUGUGUCACCUACUUCAUCAGUUGGUGAAACACAGCAAAAAGAUGAAGCUGUGGCCGUUAAACGUCCGCGAUUUUCAUCGUUUAAACCAAGCAGUCACGAGAAUUCUUUGUCACCUGACCCCAAGUUGCAAGAGAACGCGAUAACAAGCGACCAGUUACAAGCUCGUAUUGAUCCGCUGACACUGGAUGUCGCUGGUGCUACGUUUGACAUCGAAAACGAAGAAAUUGUGACGUCACCUUUGCCAGUUACUGAUUUAGCGAGAGAUUUGCAGAAGAAAAAAAGGCGGUCGUGGAUUUCUGUCAGCGCGAAAAAGAGCGAGGGUAAAAAAAAUAAAUCUUUUAUCCGAGGAUUGUUUUCACCGUCAAGAUCGUAUGCUUUGAAUAGGAAGAAUGAAAGCGAAACCAACAGCGCGAAAAAAUGGAAGUUCGGAAAUAUUUUUAAAUCUUCACCAGAGCGCGGAUCUCGCUUCUUCUCAUUUAAAGCUUUUAGUCGCCGUAAGCGAAGCCACACACUCAACACGUCUGCAACAAAUUCACCCGAAGGUAAUCAAGUUUAUUCAGUUUUCCCCACAGAGGAACCCGGGCAACUCCAGCGAUCAUUUUCCGUCGAAAACGUGAGUCUACGACCGCGUGCUAAACCAACCAACCCCAGACCUGUAAGUUUCAUGACGUUUCUACCGCUCAACGGGAACGGGAAUGUGGAAAAUGUUGAGGACGAUGAAACAACACCCGCUCCCGCAUCUCCGGAGAUGAACGAUUUUUCUUCCAAGGUUAAGGAAUCAGAAGAUCUUGAAAUUGAGCGUAAAUCUGCUCCCGCGAAACCACAACGACCAUCCUUGCAACAUUCAGUAGAUGAAGUUGCCGAGAUAAUCAUCCCAACUUCUAAGAAGAAGAAGCGGGCUCCCAUGUGUCUGGAGGAUGUUGUUUAUCAUGCGGGAAACGAGGACCAAAAGUUGGGUCGCGAUUCUGUGAAAGUUGAAGAUUGUGACGUUACUGUGCACGAGACUUAUGUUGAAAAUGUUGUUGAAACACCUGUGCAACAUAAUGAAAAACAAAACGAAAUAAUGAAGCAAGCGGUGUAUGAGAAUGUGGCAGUUGAAACAACGGUUGUUGUUGAAAAAGUUCAUGAAGAAAUUGUUGAUGAAGAAAAACAAAUUGUUGAAAAACAAGAUUUUGUUGAAGAACCCAGUUAUAACGUUACAAUGCAGCAAUCGGAAUCACUUGAUAUAAACAGUUUCGAGGUCGAUCUGGAUGACGAUCUUACGAUUGAUCCAACGUUGAAUGAAGUUACAAUGGGAAGAGAUGAAAGUAUUUUGGUCGAGGAGAUUUUCGCGUAUCUCGACGCACCCGUCGAUAAAUCAAGUUACAGUUUGUCGAGUGAUGGUAGUUCAGGUGAAGAUCGACAGCUUGAUUUAUGUGAGGAACACGAUACUAAGGAACCUGAUCAACUAGUUCAAACAACUGUACUUGAAAAACCUGUGGAACUUGUUGAAAAAUUUGAAAAUCUUGAAACAGCCGUUGAAAAACCAGAACAACAGAAAGUUGUUGAAAGUGCGGAAUCUUUUGUUGAAAAAGAAGAAACUGUCGGACAAACUGAGUUUUCUUUUAAAAAAGUUCCAGAAGAAGAACAAUUUGUUGAAAGGCAAGAGUUUGUUGAAAAAGAAAAUCGAGUUGUUGAAACACCCGAAUCCUUCGUUGAAAAACAAAAUGAAAUUUUUGAUGAAGAAAAACUUGUUGAAAGUGUAGUUGAUGUUAAAAAGCCGCAAGUUGUUGAAACAGCUGAUUCUGUUGUUGAAAAACCUGAUUCUGUUGUUCAAACGGAAUUUAAUGAAAGUCAAGAAAUUGUUGUUGAAAAAGAAACAGAAAUUGUUGAAGAAAACCCAUUUGUUGAAAAUCAAGAAUCUCCUAUUGAAAAUUUUCACGAAGAGAAAGAAUUUGUUGAAAAAGAAAACCAAAAUGUUGAAAAACCUGGAAUUAUGGUUAAAAAACAAAACGAAAUUGUUGAAGAAAAAAAAGAAUUUGUUAAAAGUCAAAUAAUUGUUACUGAAAAGCUACUAGUUGCUGAAAAGGAUAUUAUUGAUGAGGAAGAACAACUUGUUGAAAAACCUAAACCGUUUGUUGAAAAAGACAAGAAGUUUAAUCUUGAAAAACAAGAAUUGAUGGAAAAUCAUGAAACUGCUAUUCCACUCGUGAAUGGUAAUAAAGGAUUAGUGGGGAAGAUGGGACAAACGAAAGUUCACGCAAGUUUGGUCGGCAUUCAAAGCUCCGGUGAUAUCCCAUGUGACCAUUCACUUGAUGGAAAAGAUUGCCAGGAAAUCGACGCCAAUAAUUCUGACGAACAAACACCGCGACGCGCUAAUGACGUCAUAAACGGCCCAUUCAUUUCCGCCAAACAAGUGAAUUCAGUCAAUACCACUACGUCACAAACCGCGGAAUUACAUGAAAUAAUCGAAAGUGAAACUGAAAAGCGGAAUUCCAAACCGACGAAUGUUACGCCCCACGCAGCAACGUUACGACCUAGUUACCACUCCCUAAUUUCGCCAAGAAUUUUCCAACAUUCUAAAGAAAGAAAAGUUUUCUCCAGCAUCAAGCCGCCUGUAAUGAACAGCCAACGCAAAACCAACGGUACAGGACCGAGGAAAAUAUCCAGUGUUUCUGUUACACGUCCUGUCGUGCCGCCCAAACCUUCGUAUUUAUAAUAUGUGUGUAGUAGGGUGGGGUGAGAUGGGACGCGUUUGGGGUAAAGUGAGACACGUAUCACUUAAACAGCCAUUUCCCCGCGACUUUAAAAGGGCGUUGUUAAUGGUAAAACACGAUCAUAAAAUAUGGGAUUUAUGUGCUAACGGUAUCCCAUCUUACCCCACAGUUCUAUAUUGUAAAUAGCUUUUCACCGAAUUGUUCAUUCCACGUUUUCUAUUAUCAUGCAGUUGAUGCGCAGAAGUUUUCAUCCAUUUCAUCACAAUCGGUAUUAUGACGUAGCAAAUUCUAUAAUAACGUUGCAAUUUUUACCUCUUUAUAAAUUACACAUCUUCACACGCUCCCAUGUUCAACAUAGCACUGUUCCAGUUAAUUUUACCUACUUUUCUCCAAUACCUGUAUAUCUUCAGAUACGAUACGUUCGAACAACGAGACAUAGGUUCUGUAUCAUCAAGGUUCUAAUGUUUUCUUCACAAUUAUAUUGUUUGCAAAUAAAUCCACGAACAAUUAAA